CUCGUUGUUGCUUUGAUUGGUUUAGUGUUCAUGUGGAAUUGUAUGAUUGCAUGGAUGGGUUAUCAGUCCCAAUCCGUUGUGUGUUGCAUGAAUGUAUACAUUCGUUUGUACACGUUAAGAGUCGUGUACCCGAGAGGAUAAAACAAAGACAAUGGCUGUGGCUACGAGGUUAUGAGCAAGUUGGGCUAUGGAAGCUGGCGAUGAGAUGAUUUGAGGAUACCAUGGCGUCUUCUUAUUUGCUUAAACUCAACAGUAACAACGUCAACUUGACAUCCUUGCACACCUCAUUCAUUAUAUCAUUGAUACCCUUCCCUCCUUCCUUUGUUUCGAAAGACUGAUCAGUGAAUGCUGAACUAGACGCGCGGAUCGAGUAUGGUCUUUGCUUAUUCUCGUCGUCCUUCUCCGUGACUACGCUUCUUUCACUCCAUGUAAUAUCACAAUGACUACUUGGUCUUCAGUCUUCAGCCAGCUUAAUAUUCAAACAAUCAACAGCAAUACUCCUUCCUUUAUGCCCUACAGUUCCCAGCUCAAAGAGGUAGCAAGUAAAUACUCAUUCAUCCUCUCCUUAAUCUGUUCGCUGGCUUUGGACACUUUCCGUGCAUUUCUAGGAAUAAAAAGAAGGAAAAAAAAGUGCAGGUCGCUUUGCAUCAUGACAGCCUCGUCAGUCUUUGGCUAUUAUCAGCAUGGUCAUAACAAUCAUCAGCUCCUACCCAUGGAUAUGAUGAUCCAGAUCUUUAUGCACCUCAGCCAACAGCCACAGGACCUGCUAAAUUGUGCUCUCACCACGCGUCAAUGGUCACGACCUGCUCUUCAAGAGCUCUAUCGCCACCCAUGGUCCUAUCUCUUUAGCUAUCAAUUUGAUACUGAAGGUCGUGUCAUGGAUAAGCUUGGCUCUAUACUCUUGCUCAGAACACUCUUCCAUGCAUGUUUGGACCCUUCAAGGACGACUUUUCCCUACCCUAGUUUCGCAAGGAGCGUCAAUCUCAAGUGGGUUCAUGAUACGUUUGACCUGCGUGAGGUGGAUAUCCAGGCUUUGACGGGCUUUCGAUGGACCAGGAAUGAAGCACCAAAAGACUUUUUGAUCCGCUGUUUGCUUGCCAAUCGGCCUUAUCUGAGUGACUUUGUCCAUUGCCAUGCACCUGGAUUGCCCCGUUGCCUAUUCGCACAUAUGACCACCGUUAUAAACAACUUUGUUGAAGAGGACACGGGCGAUGGUGCUAACGCGACCACUGUGCUGACAGCAGAUAACACAGCUGUGGAAGGAUCUAUUACAGAUACAGAGCCAGCCAAUACAAUUAAUACCGCCAACACAGCUAGUACAGACAGUGAUGAUUGGGCUAACAUGAUGCAACAAGCUACAGAUGAUGAGUAUAUGGUUGGGUUGAACGUGAGCUUGUUAGCCACACCACCACUUCUUCCAGUCCAGCCAAUCGCCACAGCUAUGCCUCUCGUCCACUCUGUAACGGACAGCAUAUCCACUACAGAGUCCUCACCCUUAUCAUUGGAUGGUAAUGACCAUACGGUACAGAGUACUGUAAUACAUUCAAACAAUCCUAUGCAGAUGAGCGAACUCGCUCCAUCAUAUACACCUCCAUCGCCUAUCACUCUUGUUUCUACUGUUAGCUUGUCCACAUCAAGCUCCUCAAGUGCACAAGCGGCCGUUAUUGACGAGGUUAAUGAAGCCACAGCAUCGGCAGUUGGUGAGAACACUCAAAUGACAGCGGCUGUUGAGCAUGUUGAUGAGACAAUAGGAGUUCUUGAUGUUGCUACGUCACAUUUAUUUCAGACUAUCCCAAUAGUAACAUCGCCCUCAUUGUCAGCAUUCACAACCACAACCGUGGCACAGCCAAUGUACAAUUUCCAGCAACCGUACAUGUCGGAAUUUACUCAUCUACAUCCUCGAGCCACAUCCGCCUCAUCUUCAGCACUCUCUUCCUCGCGGCCUAUCCUUGCUGCCUGGCCGCUGACUAUGGAACAAACACAUAGUCUAGUAUAUCUGGAUCUGCGUUAUGCAAUUGUCUCAGACUCUUUGAUUAUCUCCUUAUCUAUGAACUGCCGCAAGAUCGAGUUCCUAAAAGUCGCAACACAUUGGCAGCACUAUCCCCACUCCUACUCAGUAACAGAUCAAGCACUGGCCUUACUUGUAGCUGCUCAACAGGAGCUGAGGUUGGUGCAUGUGGAGAACCAUCGGGAGAUUAGUCAAGGACAUGAACUGGUCAGGACCAUCAAUGUGUUAGCAUCCACUCAUGGACCAACUUUAGAAACACUGGUCCUCAAGUCGCAUGAUUUCCAAAACUGCGACCUAGCCUCUCUGGGCAAGGCUUGUACAAAGCUCAAAAAGUUUUCAGCCCCAGGAGGCAUACACCUCUUCCGUGAGGAGGUGAUCAAGCUGAUAGAAGGUUGCAAAUUGACAUUGGAGCACUUGGACUUUUCCAAUUCGGAUAUCGAAACAGACUCUUUAAUGAGCAUCAUGAAGGGCAUGUCCACGCCUGCAGCAGCCAAGGGCGUCCUUAAAGCUUUGAUCUUGUUAGGAAUGGAGGAUACUCUAAACCAGGAGACAUGCCUGGCCAUUGGAGAGCAUGGCUCGGGCCUCAAUUGCUUCCGCCUAGACAUUCUAGAAUCAGAGGCCAAGGAUGUGAGUAUGAUGUUGAGUCGUCCUUGCGCUUCAAAUUUGCGUGUGCUCACCCUUGGCUGUCAUGAUGUGCAUGGCGAUCUAGCCAACGAUAUUCUCGAGCAGAUUGCUCUCAACUGUCAGAACGUCGAGCUCUUGGACAUCAAUCAUUGGCAGUUUUCAGAAAAAGCAUUGGAAAAUGUCUUGCGUGAGUGCGGCAUGUUGCGGUACCUUAAUGUUAGUUACACAGACAUUGGAGAAAGUACAGCGGAUAUCAUUUGCAAAUGCUUGGGCGAAGUCAAGAGAGAGUCUAUCGUUUCCACGGCCCCACUUCCAGAGGACACACUUUCAGCUCAAGUGCCCUCAAAUAUGCUUUCUCCAACCCAACUACAGACCCCGGCUGCGACCUAUUCAAGUACUGCAUCGAUCACGGAAUUGACACCUGAGCAAGUUGGAGAUUUGGCUGAGAGUAAAGAUGAACUAACCUCAAUUGAGCAGGAAAUGAUGGAAAGUACAGCCGAUAGCCCAGAUGAGGAAAGGCCCGAUUUAUCCAGAAAACGUGGCAUGGAAAUGCGGCUGAAGGAUGAAAGUGAAGAAGAUGAUGGUGAAUAUAUGGACACCAAUAUGGAUAGUGAUCAACAAGAUGUUAUGCCCGCUUAUUCUACAAAUGGUGGAUACACGAAGAAACAGUCGCAGCAUGGUCUUGUCCACUAUCAUACCGGCGCUAUGGCUCUAAGGACGAUUAUGAACCUUGAUCUUGAUGAAGUGAUUGAAACAGAUCUUUCGAUGAAUAUUGACGAAGAUACUAGUAUGGAUCUUGACAUGCGUCUAGAUUUACAAAGAUAUCAUCGCAAUAUUACCUUCAAAUCCUUUGACCGUGACGAUGAGAUUGAUAGCGAGCAGUUAGAGCAUAAUGCUGAAGACAAAGAAAGGGAAUGUGGCGAAACAAUGAUGACGGAUACAGGCCAUGGGGAAGACACUGAUGAACAGAGAAUCUUGUCCAAAGAAGCCAAGGGCAAGGGCGUUUAUAUUGAUAAGGGCAGUGAGAGCCCUCACCACGGAGCAGCUGUGUUCGCGUCUAUUGUGCCUUUAUAUUCAUCUUACGGCCCAACUUCGUUAACAGCGUCGUCAGCACCAUCGUCAGGAUCAUCGUCAUCGUCAGGAUCGUCGUUAUCGUCAUCGUCAUCAUCAUCAUCGGCGUCAUCAUCAGCAUCAUCGUCAUCGUCAGCGUCAUUGUCAUCGUCAGCGUCACCAUCUUAUUCUGAAAAUGCAGCCAAAGCCCAACAAAAUGGCCAAGUUUUACUAACGACAGCCGAGGCUGGAAACCAGCGGCCAUUCCUAUGCAUUCCUUUACUACCGGCUCUGCCUAUCCCAUCGAAACAAGCCGAAAGUCAGGGAGUCUGUUCAUUGGCUGUGCCUACGAGUUCAUCUAUCCAACAGGCUUGUGGCUCAACAUCCACCGAGCUAAACGCAAGUAAUAGAGCCGAAAUGGUGUCGAAUGAGAUCAUUCGUCAAGACAGUAUGGCAGCCGACAACUGCAAGACCGAAUCAGCCACCACCAUGACAACAGCCUGCACAGAAGCCCCAUCAUCCAUAUCGUCAUCAAAGGAAACAGAAGAAAUGCCUAUGUCCACCCCACAAUCUGAAGUAGUAUCUGAAUCGGAUGAAAAGGACGACUCUUCGUUUGUGUGGACAAGGGACUCUCGCCUAGAACAGGUGAAUGUGGAAUACUGUUCAUUACUGUCGGUUUCAACGAUGAGCAAAAUUAAAGCGCUAUCGAUCGAGCGACAAGCAAACUUUGUACAGCGUGGACGGAAAAAGACCCGUAUCUGGGUUGAAAAUGAACACGAUAUGAUGAUGACUCGUCUGGCAAUGGAGCGCGGCCCAGAGCUGCCAGCUGCAAGGCAGAGGGCUAAUACGAUUGUCGAACCAUCAGGAGCUUGUGCUGCUGCUCCAAAUUCAGGUUCACAGAGGCUCUCCACCCCCACUACGUUUGGCGUGGAAGGAGAAUCGAUUGAGCAAAACCAACAGUCGAGCCAACAAAGUCAACAAGUAAUUAAUACAAUGCCUGGCAUUGAAGAAGACUCUUUAGUUUCCACAGCUGCCAUAGAGGUCAUUGCAUAAACACUAAAACUUGCAGUAAAGCUUUGGGUAGUAUGUUUCUUUACCUUUCCGCCUAGUCAUUGCAACCAAAAAGAAAUUCCCCUUUGUCUCUGUCAAAGACAAUUUGUACUCCAUCCCCUUGUAUAUUUAUCCUUUCGCGAG